UUCUUGUGUUGCCCCCUCCUCACUGACUGCACUACGAUUAGCACGGUCUCUUCUCACCGUGUAAUCAAUAGCCCUGUCUCCCUAGCCUGCGUGUCAUCCUCUCACAGCCCGCCGGCUGACACGUCUCCUCCCGCACCUCCCCGAUUUUCGGGGGUCUCCGCUUCAAAUACUACAGUCAGCUAAAUCUUUCUCUGGUACCCCUCAUAGUCUGAAGCAGUUAAGUCGAGAAUUAAGAACAUCCAUGGAGGGAAAGUACAAAGAAAUAGCAGAGGAACUGUUCAGUCGUUCCCUUGCGGACAGUGAAAUGCGUUCUGCUCCUUAUGAAUUUCCAGAGGAAAGUCCUAUUGAGAAGCUUGAGGAGAGAAGACAGCGUCUAGAGCGACAAAUAAGUCAAGAUAUCAAACUCGAACCUGACAUCUUACUUAGAGCAAAACAGGAUUUUCUGAAAAUUGACAGCAGCUCAGACUUACAGUUAUACGAAGAAGAGCAUGAAGACUUUGUGGAUUAUUUCUCUAAAGAGGCUAUUCUUGAAAGAGAAUACCUAAGAGUCUCCAUCUCAGGUGAUGAAAAGUGUGGGGUACCUUUCACAGACCUUCUGGAUGCAGCCAAGAGCGUAGUACGAGCUUUAUUCAUUCGGCAGAAGUAUAUGAAUAUUUCCAUGCAAAACUUUUUUCGGACUACUGCUCAGCAUCUGAAGAAGCUCAGUGGUGAGGCUUUAGACAGUCCACUUCAGGAGGAGAGUGCUGAUACCCCGGUUGCUGCAGAUGCUCCUGUGCAUCCUCCCUUCUCUGACCAGCAUCCAUAUGAAGUGUGUGAUCCCAGUACUAUGCCUCCUGACUUGGGCUUUGGGCUAAAAAUGGUAGAUGGUUUGGUACAUGUCUAUUCAAAGCACGAUGUCAUGGACACGCAUACAGAGCUGGAUCUCCCAUAUCUGGACCUUUCAGAGUUUGUGGCUGACAUGAACGUGCUGAUGGCUCUUAUUAUCAAUGGCCCCAUUAAGUCAUUCUGCUACCGGCGACUGCAGUAUCUGAGUUCCCGUUUCCAGAUGCAUGUUUUGUUGAAUGAGAUGAAAGAGUUAGCCGCUCAGAAAAAGGUGCCCCACAGAGACUUUUACAACAUACGUAAGGUGGACACACACAUUCAUGCAGCAUCCUGCAUGAAUCAGAAGCAUUUGUUGCGAUUCAUCAAGAGGGCAAUGAAAAAGAAUUUGGGAGAUAUAGUUCAUGAAGAAGGAGGAAAAGAACAGACACUGCGUCAAGUCUUCCAGAACAUGAACCUAACAGCGUAUGAUCUCAGUGUGGACACACUAGAUGUGCAUGCGGACAGAAAUACUUUCCAUCGAUUUGAUAAAUUCAAUGCCAAAUACAAUCCAAUUGGUGAAUCUGUUCUACGAGAAAUCUUCAUCAAGACAGAUAACAAGGUGGCAGGAAAAUACUUUGCCCACAUAAUCAAGGAAGUAAUGUCAGAUUUGGAAGAGAGUAAAUAUCAGAAUGCAGAGCUACGUCUUUCAAUAUAUGGCCGUUCUCGUCAGGAAUGGGACAGUUUGGCGCAUUGGGCUGUCAGUCAUAAAGUGCAUUCCAACAACGUCCGAUGGCUGGUCCAGAUCCCUCGGCUCUAUGAUGUGUUUCGAAGUAAGAAGCAGGUUAAUAAUUUUCAAGAAAUACUUGAGAAUAUUUUCUUGCCUCUGUUUGAAGUCACGGUGAAUCCGGCCAGUCACCCAGAGCUGCACUUGUUUUUGGAGCAUGUGGAUGGGUUUGACAGUGUGGACGAUGAAUCUAAGUCAGAACAUCAUAUUUUUAAUAUGGAGAGCCCACUGCCAGAGAACUGGAGAGAGGAUGAAAACCCCCCUUAUUCCUACUAUUUAUACUAUAUGUUUGCCAAUAUGACUGUGCUCAACCACCUACGAAGACAGCGUGGAUUUCAUACUUUUGUUUUGCGGCCACACUGUGGAGAAGCUGGACCCAUUCACCAUCUUGUUUCUGGAUUCAUGCUGUCCCAGAAUAUCUCACAUGGACUGCUGCUACGCAAGGCUCCAGUGUUGCAGUAUCUGUACUACCUGGCACAAAUUGGUAUCGCCAUGUCUCCCUUGAGUAAUAACAGCCUUUUCCUGAGCUAUCACCGCAAUCCACUCCCUGAUUUUCUGUCACGUGGCCUUAUGGUAUCCCUGUCCACAGAUGAUCCUCUGCAAUUUCAUUUCACAAAGGAGCCUCUGAUGGAAGAAUACAGCAUUGCAACUCAAGUGUGGAAACUCAGCUCAUGCGAUAUGUGUGAGCUUGCCAGAAACAGCGUUCUGAUGAGUGGCUUUCCUCACAAGGUAAAAAGUUAUUGGCUGGGGCCUGAUUAUCUGCAAGAAGGUCCGGAGGGAAAUGAUAUUCGCAGAACUAAUGUGCCUGAUAUACGGGUUGGAUAUCGAUAUGAGACACUGUGUGAAGAGCUGAUGCUGAUCACACAAGCUCUGCAAAGCGAAGAGCUGGAGACCAUCCCUGAAGAAAUGCUGUGCAUGGGCAGUAGACCGGACAGCCAUUUCAAAGGAGAAUUCACUGGAAUCUUAGGAGAGGAGAAAAAGAAACCCUAAUAAGAUCAAGGAGACUGGAGGGGGCGCAUUAGACAUGUAGAUGGCAACGCAUAGGGUUCACCAAAUGAAAGAACUGUAAAUUUAAAUUGUGUGAAGACUUUAUCAAUGUGAGAAUGCUGUAGCACAGAAAGCAUGACUGCUGAUAUCUCUUGAAUGCACACUAGCGUUUUUCUUUUCCGGCAUAGAGUUCCGUCCUAGGGGCUCAAUACCGGAAAAAAACUGAUCUGUUUUAUCCUAAUGCAUUCUGAAUGGAGAGCAAUCCGUUCAGGAUGCAUU